AUGCUCACAAAGGAGUGUAGUGCAAUAAUUCAACAAAAAUUACCUCCCAAGUUGAAGGAUCCAGGAAGCUUUGUAAUCCCAUGUGAGAUUGGAAAUUUAAUGGUGAGCAAGGCAUUGUGUGACCUUGGAGCAAGCAUCAAUUUGAUGCCCUUGUCCAUUUUUAAAAGGUUGGGCAUUGGAGAAGUGAAGCCUACUAUGAUAACUCUACAACUAGCCGACCAUUCAGUAACUUAUCCUUAUGGCGUAGUGGAGGAUGUCUUAGUAAAGGUGGAUAAAUUUAUUUUCCCAGCUGACUUUGUGGUUCUUGACAUGGAGGAAGAUGCUAAAGUCCCAAUUAUAUUGGGAAGACCAUUUUUAGCCAUAGGUUGA